AAAAUCCAUUUUACAAGAAAGUGCUACCAAUGUCCAUAGUUGAAGAACAUGCGAAUGUUGGCGAUGUUGACUAUGGUUCUUUCUUUGUAUCAAUGGCUUUAGACGAUUUUCGAUGUGUUGUACAAGACAUGGAAGAUUCUGAUUAUGUUCCUAUUACUAUUAGGAGUUCACAAAUCAACUUCGUCGUUGAUCAUGAUUGGGAAACUAGUUUUACCGCCAAGGAAGGAGAAUGCAUAAUUGGAGGUAUUGAAGAAGGAGAUGAAAUUAAUUGUGGAAUUAGUUUUUAUCCAAUGGAAUUUUACAAAGGUUUCACAUCAAAAAGAGUUUGGUUUUUCAGUUCAUGUGAUACCAAUGGUUUGCUUUUGAUUGCUCCUAUGGGAGUCUAUACUCAUAUUUCUUCAUUUUUUCCCCAAGACAUAUCUAUUGGAGGAAAUACAUUAACCUGAUCUCUGUUUACUCUAUCAUUCUUAAGAACAAAUUACCUUACAUUUUUCUUUUCCAUGAACAAAUUUCAAAGGAUCAAUCUCUUGUAAUAUUGUGGUUUCCAAUGAAAUUUCUAGUCAGACACAUCCAAUUCGAUCA